AUGGGGGGCUCUGAAAAGCCCCACUGCGGCUUCCCCGAGCAGUCGCUGCAGCACCACUUGCGGGCGCUGCUGAACGCGGGCCACAAGGCCGUGGUGGUGGAGCAGCUGGAGACUCCCAAGGAGCUGCAGCGCCGCCGCAGCAGCAGCAGCAGCAGCAGCAGCAGCAGCAGCAGCAGCAGCAGCAAGACUGUCCUCCGCAAGCCCACCCAGAUCCUCACUGCGGGCGCAGUAGAGGCCCCAGAAAUGCUGCCUCCGGAGGCCCGCCUCAUGCUCGUUCUUGCUGUCUCCACGGACCCCGCGGACCUCCCGCAGCAGCAGCAGCAGCAGCAGCAGCAGCAGCAGCAGCAGCAGCAGCAGCAGCAGGAGGGCUGCUGCAGCUACGGGGCGGCGCUGGUGGACGUGUCGACGAACAAAGUGUACUUGGAGACAGGCCGCGACAGCAGCAACUGGAGACAGCUGCGGGGACUGCUGGGAAAGGCGCAGCCCGUGGAGAUAGUCUUUGCUGCUGCUGCGCUGCCGCCGCUGCUGCUGCUGCUGCUGAAGAGACUCCCGUGUCUCCCGCAGCUGUCUCCGCUGCCGGAGUUCCCCGACGCGCUGCGCGCGCAGCAGCUCCUCGACACCUACGUCCGCCCGCGCUGCAGCAGCAGCAGCAGCAGCAGCAGCAGCAGCAGCAGCAGCAGCGGGUGCGCGUACUGCGUGCGGGAGUGCGAGAGAAGCCCGUGUCUGCUGCGGGCAGUGGGGGGCCUCUGCGAGUACAUGCAGCAGCUGCUGCUGCAGCAGAAGCUGCUGCCAGUGGCCAGCUUCGCGCCUGUCUCCGACUCCAAGUGUCUCCUUUUUCUGGAAGCAAAAGCGCUGCAGCAGCUCGAGCUGCUGGCGAGCCAAGAAGGAGACCCCACACGUUCGCUGCUGGGGUGUAUAGACACCACGGCGACUGCGGGGGGCCGCCGGCUGCUGCGGCGGUGGCUGGUGGCGCCGCUGCGGUGUACAGACACCCUGGAGCGCCGCCUGGACGCCGUGGGGUGGCUGCUGCAGCAGCAGCAGCAGCUGCUGCUGCAGCAGCUGCGCUGCAGCGCAGCACGCCUCCCCGACGUCGAGAGACAAGCGGCCCGCUGCCUCGCGCAGCAGCAGCAGCAAAGGAGACAGGCAAUUUACUUCGACGAUGUUCACCAAAAGGCCCUCAAGGCCUUCCGCAGUCUCCUCGACUCUUUCGAACAAAUGCAGCAAAUCGCCCGUCUCCUCGUCCAGCAGCUCCGCAAACAAAGCCCCCAAGCAGCAGCAGCAGCAGCAGCAGCAGCAGCAGCAGCAGCAGCAGCAGCAGCAGCGGGGGGCGCGGAGGCGCGGCGGGACGCCCCCGCAGCAGCAGCAGCAGCAGCGGCGGAGGCUGAGGAGCCCGCGGCAGCAGCGGUGCCCGCUGCUGUGGCGGGGCCUGCAGCAGCAGCAGCAGCAGCAGCAGCAGCAGCAGCAGCAGCAGCGGGGGAACUCUGGCCGCAGCGGCUCUGGGAGCUCUGCGCGAGCCCCGAAGAAGGCGGCAGCUUUCCUUUGCUGCUGCAGCACUGCAGCAAACUCAAGGCCCUUUUGUGUCUCCAGCCAGACGGCAACAUUGCCCCAGUCAAGGGUUUGGUCCCGGAGUACGAUUCUGCUUCUGCUUCUAUAGCGAAGUGCCGCAGCCAGCUGGAGGAAAUCCUCGAGCAGCUGCAGCAGGAAGCAGGCAUGAGCUUGAAGUACAGCCACACCAAAUUCAAGUACGAAGUGGAGUGCCCGGAGAACAUUUCCAAAGAAACCCUCCGUCGCCUCGACGCCGACAUUACCUCCUCAAGAAAAGGGUUUAUCCGCUUCCGGACGCCAGCAAUUUGCGAGCUUGUUGACCAGCUUGAGGACUUUGAGUUGGAACUAAACGACUCCUUUUAUCCCUUUCGCUGCCGCCUCAUGAAACAAUUUGCUGAGGUGUACAACGAGGUCUUUGCGGUGUCUGUACACUGCAUCAACGAACUCGACGUGCUGCAGAGCCUCGCCACUUUCGCCCUCACCCACCCAGGGCCGGGAAUGACGAGGCCGAAACUGCUGCGCCCACACCCGAUGGCCGAGAAGCUGUCGGAAAACUUUGUCCCGAACGACGUGCUGCUGAAUGUGCCUGACAGCUACUGCAGCAGCAGCAGCAGCGACAGCAGCAGCAGCAGCAGCAGCAGCAGCAGCAGCAAAACACGCUUGCUGCUCAUUACUGGGCCCAACAUGGGGGGCAAGAGCACUUUGCUGAGACAGACGGCCCUGUGCGUCAUUUUGGCGCAGAUAGGAUCGUAUGUCCCAGCCUCGGAGUGCGUCUUAACUCCCGUGGACAGGAUUUUCUGUCGGCUGGGCGCCGAAGAUUUUAUUCUGCAGGGCAGCAGCACUUUCUUUGUGGAGCUGUCGGACAUCGCGGAACUCACUACCUACGGCACGCGGUACUCGCUGGCCUUAAUAGACGAACUCGUUUGA